AUGGCUUCAGAAAAUCAUACAAGAAGUUCAUCGGUACCUUCUUCAAGUCUUCGGGGAGGAAAAUCACGAAAAAGAACAAACUAUGAUAUUAGCAUAACGAUAGAAGGAAACAAAAACUGUAAUAAACGGUCAAGGCUUUCGAGUAAAAAGGAGAUGAAUUCAGAGCACUUUCAGAAGAAGAGAGAUGAAAAGAAACCUAUAAAGUGUCAUCAAUGUAAAAAGAAUGACAGAAGCAUUGUUAUUCCUUGUACCAAUUGUAGGCAAACUGUGUACUGUACUUAUUGUAUAAAAAAAUGGUACCCGAAAUUGAUGAAAGUAGAUGUUUUCGAGCAAUGCCCACUUUGUCGUGGAAACUGCAAUUGCAAUAUUUGUUUGCAGUCAAGCGGUAUCAUUCAGACUUCCAAGAGGGAUAUCACUCACAUGGAGAAAAUUCACCAUCUUCGUUACUUGAUUAAGUUGCUCAUUCCAUAUCUUAAACAAAUUAAUGAAGAACAUAAUCAGGAGAUUGAGAUAGAGUCUAUAAUCCAGGGGGUGUCAUCAACUUCAGUUAAUAUAGAGAAUUCUCCUUGUCGAAAUGACGAACGUAUAUACUGUAAUAAUUGUUCAACUUCAAUUGUUGACCUUCAUCGAAGUUGUUCCGAUUGUUCAUACGAGCUAUGCAUAACUUGUUGUCGUGAGAUUCGGGGAGGAGCUGGAUUUGAAGUUGAUGAAAGAAUAGAAAUUGAGUACCAAGAUAAAGGUCCAAAUUACAUCCAUGGAGGAGAUCCAAUGCCAAAUAUUCCAAAUUUGGAGAAUAUUUUCAAGAAACAUGUAGAUAUCAAAUGGAUUGCAAAUGAUGAUAUGAGUAUUAAUUGUGCUCCAAAGGUGAUGGGGGGAUGUAACAACAAUUGUGCGCUAAAACUCAAAUCUAUUCUUCCAAAAGAUUGGAUUUUAGAUCUAAUAGAUAAAGCAAGUGAUAUACUGAAGAAUUGUGAAGGAGAUGAUAUCAUUCAUAAUAAUAUCGGAGAGGAAGACAGGCUAGGAAACGAAGAUAACCACAUGUAUUAUUUGGACUCAGCUGAUACCCAAAAAAGGGAAAGUCUAGAACAAUUCCAAAAACAUUGGACGAAAGGUGAACCUGUAAUUGUUCGCGAUGUUCUUAACGAGACAAAUGGGCUAAGUUGGGAGCCAAUUGUUAUGUGGCGUGCACUUUGUGAAAGUUUAGACAAGAGAAUGACUUCCAAUAUGUCUAAAGUGAAGGCUAUUGAGUGUUUAACUGGUUGCGAGGUGGAUAUAAAUGCUCGUCAUUUUUUUAAAGGUUAUUUGGAAGGAAGAAGAUACAAUAAUGGAUGGCCUGAAAUGCUUAAGCUUAAAGAUUGGCCUCCAUCAGACAAAUUUGAGAACUUACUGCCACGUCACUACGACGAGUUUAUCAGUGCGUUGCCAUUUCAAGAGUAUACGGAUCCUAGGGAUGGAAUUUUAAACAUUGCCGUAAAGAUGCCAUCAGAUGUUCUAAAGCCGGACUUGGGUCCAAAAAGCUACAUCGCUUAUGGAAUAACUGAAGAACUAGGAAGGGGAGAUUCCGUAACAAAACUUCACCUUGAUAUGUCGGAUGCGGUAAAUAUAUUAACACAUAUAGCUGAUAAUUUGGAGGUGGAUUAUGAGCAACAAUAUGCAAUCCAAACAUUGAAGAAGAUACAUUGGGCUCAAGAUUUAGAGGAAAAUUGUAUGUCGGAUGCCACCGGAGAUGAAGGUGUAACAAAAAUCAAGGAAAGUGAAAUUGAAACAAGAGAAAGAGGAGCUGCUUUGUGGGAUAUUUUCAGAAGGGAAGAUGUUCCCAAAUUAAAAGAUUACCUUCUAAACCAUUCUACUGAAUUUAGACACAUUUUAGGCUCUCCUGUUGAACAAGUUUUUCAUCCAAUUCACGAUCAUAUAUUCUAUUUGACUAUGGGUCACAAGCAAAAACUCAAACAGGAAUAUGGUGUAGAACCAUGGACGUUUGAACAAAGACUUGGUGAAGCCGUAUUUAUUCCAGCUGGUUGCCCACAUCAAGUAAGGAAUUUAAAAUCAUGCACAAAGGUUGCGGUAGAUUUUGUUUCGCCCGAAAAUAUAAGUGAAUGUAUUCGAUUGGGUGAAGAAUUUAGACAACUCCCUAAAUUUCAUAGAGCUAAGGAGGAUAAAUUAGAGAUUAGAAAAAUGAUAAUUCAUGCGAUGGACAAAGCUAUUCAAGAUUACAAAAAGUUGACAUCCCACAAAUAAAUAACUUUGAAUGCUCUUACUACUAUACCUUGUUUUGUACAACCAAGU